AGGAUGGCGGCGGCGGCCGCGGCGGCAGCAGCGCUGGGUGUCAGGCUCCGGGACUGCUGCAGCCGGGGCGCCGUACUCCUGCUCUUCUUCUCCCUGUCCCCUCGGCCCCCGGCCGCCGCUGCCUGGCUGCUGGGUCUGCGACCGGAAGACACUGCCGGAGGCCGCGUGUCCCUAGAGGGGGGCACCCUGCGGGCGGCCGAAGGCACCAGCUUCCUCCUGCGGGUCUACUUCCAGCCUGGACCGGCGGUCCCCGCCGCGCCCGUGCCCGCACCCUCCUUGGCCCCGGGGGAGAACGGCACGGGCGAUUGGGCCCCGAGGCUCGUGUUCAUCGAGGAGCCCCCCGGCGCGGGUGGCGCGGCGCCCAGCGCGGUCCCCACGCGUCCCCCGGGACCGCAGCGCUGUCGCGAGCAGAGCGGCUGGGCGUCGGACGUGGAGGUCCUGGGGCCCCUGCGCCCCGGGGGCGUGGCGGGCUCGGCCCUGGUCCAGGUGCGGGUGCGGGAGCUGCGGAAGGGCGAGGCGGAGCGCGGCGGCGCGGGCGGCGGCGGGAAGCUCUUUUCGCUGUGCGCCUGGGACGGGCGCGCUUGGCACCACCACGGCGCGGCCGGCGGCUUCCUGCUGCGCGUCCGCCCGCGCCUCUACGGCCCGGGUGGGGACCUGCUGCCGCCCGCGUGGCUGCGAGCGCUCGGGGCGCUCCUGCUGCUGGCCCUGUCCGCCCUGUUCAGCGGCCUGCGCCUGAGCCUGCUCUCGCUGGACCCGGUGGAGUUACGGGUGCUGCGGAACAGUGGCUCGGCCGCCGAGCAGGAGCAGGCGCGCCGCGUGCAGGCCGUGCGCGGCAGGGGGACCCAUCUGCUCUGCACCCUGCUCCUGGGCCAAGCCGGCGCCAAUGCCGCGCUGGCCGGCUGGCUGUACGCCUCGCUGCCGCCGGGCGUCGGGGACCCCGGGGAGGACUCCGGCGAGGCGGGGGUUCACUUCCCGUGGUUACCGGCGCUCGUGUGCACCGGCGCCGUGUUCCUGGGAGCCGAGAUCUGUCCCUACUCGGUGUGCUCGCGUCACGGGUUGGCCAUCGCCUCGCACAGUGUGUGCCUGACCCGGCUCCUCAUGGCAGCCGCCUUCCCGGUGUGCUACCCGCUGGGCCGCCUCCUGGAUUGGGCCCUGCGCCAGGAGAUCAGCACCUUCUACACGAGGGAGAAGCUGCUGGAGACGCUGAGGGCCGCCGACCCUUACAGCGACCUGGUGAAGGAAGAGCUCAACAUCAUCCAGGGCGCCCUGGAGCUGCGCACCAAGGUGGUAGAGGAGGUGCUAACCCCUCUCGGGGACUGCUUCAUGCUGCGCUCCGACGCCGUGCUUGACUUCGCCACUGUAUCCGAGAUCCUCCGUAGUGGCUACACUCGAAUCCCGGUGUACGAGGGCGACCAGAGGCACAACAUUGUGGACAUUCUGUUCGUCAAAGACUUGGCCUUUGUGGACCCGGACGACUGUACCCCGCUGCUCACAGUCACCCGCUUCUACAACAGGCCCCUGCAUUGCGUCUUCAAUGAUACCCGGCUGGACACUGUACUGGAGGAGUUUAAGAAGGGAAAAUCUCACCUGGCCAUUGUCCAGAGAGUCAACAACGAGGGCGAAGGAGACCCUUUCUACGAGGUGAUGGGCAUCGUCACACUGGAGGACAUCAUAGAGGAGAUCAUCAAGUCGGAGAUCCUCGAUGAAACUGACCUCUACACUGACAAUCGGAAAAAGCAGAGGGUCCCACACCGGGAGAGGAGGCGGCAUGAUUUCUCUCUGUUCAAGCUUUCAGACUCGGAGAUCAGAGUUAAGAUCUCACCACAGCUGCUGCUGGCCACACACCGCUUCAUGGCCACAGAAGUGGAGCCCUUUAAGUCUCUGUACCUUUCGGAGAAGAUCCUGCUCCGGCUUCUGAAACAUCCUAACGUGAUCCAGGAGCUUAAGUUUGACGAGAGGAACAAGAAAGCCCCAGAACACUACCUCUAUCAGCGCAGCCGCCCCGUGGACUAUUUUGUGCUGCUUUUACAGGGGAAAGUGGAAGUAGAGGUCGGUAAGGAAGGCCUUCGCUUUGAGAACGGAGCCUUUACCUACUAUGGUGUCCCAGCCAUCAUGACCAGCGCUUGCUCAGAUAAUGAUGUGCGGAAGGUUGGAAGUCUGGCUGGAUCCUCUGUCUUCCUAAACCGGUCCCCUUCUCGCUGCAGCGGGUUGAAUCGCUCCGAGUCUCCAAACCGAGAGCGCAGUGACUUCGGUGGGAGCAACACGCAGCUGUACAGCGGCAGCAACAACCUCUACACACCUGACUACUCUGUGCACAUUCUCAGUGAUGUGCAGUUUGUGAAGAUCACACGACAGCAGUACCAGAAUGCACUCACGGCCUGCCAUAUGGACAGCUCGCCCCAAUCCCCAGAUAUGGAAGCCUUCACUGAUGGAGACUCCACCAAGGCCCCUACCACCCGGGGCACACCCCAGACUCCAAAGGAUGAUCCGGUCCUCACACUCCUGAGCAACAGGACCAGCUUGCCGUGCAGCCGCUCAGAUGGUCUGAGAAGCCCAGGUGAGGUGGUAUACCUGAGGAUGGAGGAGAUGGCCUUCCCCCCGGAAGAGAUGCCCAACUUUGAGGAGCACAAGACACAGCAAAUCUCGCUGUCUCCUGUCACUGUUCCUACAACAGCAGCUUCGGAUCCUGAAUGCUGUAACAUCCCCCUGGACCCAGAGGCCAGCCCCUGCAGCAGCGACUCAGAGGAAAACAUGGGCAAGAAGCUGCUGAGAACCUUGAGUGGCCGGAAAAGAAAGAAGUCAGCAGACGGAGAGAGAGCUUCUGAGGAAAACUCCAAUUUAACACCCCUGAUCACAUGAUGAGGUCUUCCCUCAUUGGCUGAGUGCGAGACUCCGAGGCUUUGGGGGAAGACCCACCCUCCCAUCACUCGCUACCCCCGAGGCCUCCCAUCAGUGACAGAACAUUGUACCCUCCACCUUUCACCCCUCAGUCAGUCUGGCAAGUUUUAUCAGUUGCCUCCAGUCUGACACAGAAGGAGAUGCCUGUGAUGGAAAAUGCUAGAAAUGGUCUUGUCUGUAGCAUAGUCUAGAACUGGCCAGGGGAUGACACCAAGCUGACAAUGCCAUUCUGAGGCUCCCAAUGACAGUCUUUGUUCUUGGUGUCCCUGUCCUGGAAUUCACUGUUCUUUCUUCCAGGACAAAAUAACGCUUUCUACCAUAGGUCAUGUUCAGCAUUACAGACAGUGAUGCGGGCAUAGAGGUGUACUGGAGCCUAGAGGAGCCGGUGUGAAAAUCAGCUCCAGGGAUGGACGGAUAGACAAGGAUUCUUCAGUUAGUGAGUGGAUUCUCCCCACAGCCUGGGGAAGGGCAGUUCAGCUGAAAUGAAGAGAGAGGAAGCCCUGAGUCACUCUAUCUCCCAGGGAUGUCAGUUUGGGCUUCCAGAGAUCAAUCUCUCAAUAAGCUUGCUUCGGAAGGGAGGUUCAGGGAACACAGGGACUAAGUUGUGAGCCAGACACAGAACUUCAGGUUUUAAGUGAAAAUCAAAGCAGGAAAAAAAGCUUACAUGAAAAAAUUGUAAGUUGUUAGAGUUUGUGUAGCCAUGAUAAACCAAAGAGUGCCCAGGUCGGCCAGGAAGAUUGUUCCGUGCUGUCACGGGACUUCACUGUGCUUGACACAGGAAUGUUGAACGCUCACUUUUCUUUUUCACAUACCCCCCACCCCCUACCUCAGGCCUCUUACUACAUCCCUUGCUGGUCAGGAUAAGUAUUCCAAAAACCUACCAGAUCCAGGGGUUUUAGUCCUGGAUGUUGGGGGCAGAUGCAAUUCUAAUCAUAACCACAAGAUGGCAGAGUGAUCAUGCAAAUCUAGUCCUAAGACUCAUGUAGGUGUUGGGAAACACAGCCAGUCCAAGGGAAAACUUAAAAGUCAAGUUUGAGUUUCUAAAUUAUUUCCCACCCCGUCCUUGCACACCUCCAGUCAGUGCCCAGAGAUUCAGUGCUGCCUGCUGAAUCUCCAAACCAUUCCCUAGCUGCCCCCCCCAGCCCUUCCCCCAUUCAGUCACAGGAAAAUACUUGCCCAUAGGAACUUUAACUCAGGGGUUGUUAACCUGGGGCCGUUACCCCAGAGGAGUCCAUAGUUUGACUCCAUGGGGCCAAAAGCCCUUUAAACUGUCGGAACUUAGUGUUUUUGUGUGUUUUCCAGAGUCUUGAAGCUUUCUUAAUAUUCUCAGAGUUCCCAGAUCCACGAAGGCUUUUUAACAGUUUUAAAUAAUGGAACUUGCAGCCCAAAGUUUUUACAAUGCAGAGUGAAUGCUGGGACACUUGAGAUGAGUGUUUAAUUAUAAGUGGUCAAGCAUUCUUGUCGACGGGGAAGGUUGGCACCCACCAAGACAGGGUCCUCAGAAAUCCCUGGCACACCACAUAGUAGGGUCACAACCUACAUCCCAUAUAACUUUUGCCCACUGUCUACCAAAAACCACAGUAGGUAUUGCCAAGAGGGCCAUAGCCCACAGGAGGGAAGACUGGAGCCAGAGAUGCAUCUUCUGCAUGUGUCACUGACUUCACAUGCCCCUUGUUUAGCCUGGCUGUCCUGAGGCUCAGCCAUGCAUGUGUUCUAGCUAAGUCCGCAGCCACUUCUCCCUGCCUGCUCAGAAUACAGUGCCAGCACUUAGUGCUGGCUGUCUCAGACCUAGGCCAGUAAGUGAUGAGUAACAAGAUCUCGCAAGGGAGCCUGCUAGGUGAACAAAGUUCCCUCUCAUUAGCCCUUUGGCCACCAGGCUCAGGCCACUGCUGUUGCAUUAGCCCCUCCCUCUGCAGAACCUCUAAGGGACCUGUCACCACUCCUUGCCCUAGCUCCCAAGUCCCCCAGAUUUUCUUCAGGUUAAAAUACAUUUUAAAAAAAGAUUUUAAAAUAAAGCAUUUAUGAAGACUCAAUAAAUUGUAAAUAAUUUUUAAAUAAAAUGAAAAUGUGUUUUCCUGGACUA